AUGUUUUCCACGGUAAAGGCAGAUCGAUUUCCCGUUAAAUUGGAGUACAUGAGAAAUUACCGAUUGCCAAUUUCUGAGGAAGACAACGACCGGUUAGGUUUUGGCGACCCGGCAGGCAUACCCACUUGGAAAGCACUACGUCGAACUUCAGCAGCUCCAAUGUUUUUUCCUCCGGACGAUGUGUACAUAGACGGCGGUAUAAUAGCUAACAACCCUUUACUGGAUUUACUUUCGGAAGUAGAGCUAUUCAACGGCACAAACUCAUAUUUGAGCCAUCCCGAAAAAAAUGUUGAAGUUGGUUGUGUACUGUCUUUUGGCACUGGCCAAAUUCCUUCAACACGACUUGAUCCUUUGCACAUCGGAAUCACUAAUCCAAUUUCGAGUGCCCUCAACUUUAAAAAUCUCAGUCUCGUGAUUGUUGAUCAGGUAGCAGCAAGCGAAGGAGCACCGGUCGAUCGUUCUUAUUCGUGGUGCAACGCCUUGCGAAUACCAUUUUUCCGAUUUAGCGCACCUUUACGCAAGAAAUGUAAGAUGAAUAAAAACAGGAGCGCUGGAAGGCUGAAAAUCAAACUAACUUCAUGUGGUUAUGAUUAUCAAGAUAACGCAAAAGUUCUGUGGCACCGCUUUCAGAAAACUUUGUGA